AUGCUAGGACAUGAACAUAGUGAUGAGAUAUACGUGACAAAAAUGCCGAAAUUGGAUCUGGAACAAACACUAACUGGCCAUAAAGGUAUCGUAUGGCACGUAUCAUGGCAUCCUCAAGGGAAAAUGUUUGCUUCCUGUGGCGAAGAUAAAACGAUUAAGUUGUGGAGCAAAGAAGGCCAAGAAUGGGCAAUAAAGACAGUACUUGUAGAUGGUCACAAGCGCACUAUCAGACAAAUUGAAUGGUCUCCGUGUGGGAAUUAUUUGGCAUCAGCUAGCUUUGAUGCCACUACUGCAAUUUGGGAUAAAAAAAGCGGUCAGUUUGAGUGCAAUGCAACAUUAGAAGGCCACGAAAAUGAAGUCAAAGGAGUGGCAUGGUCUCCAUCUGGUCAAUUGCUAGCAACCUGUGGCCGUGAUAAGUCGGUAUGGGUAUGGGAGGUCGCUGGAGAUGAUGAAUAUGAAUGUGAAGCUGUACUCAACGUACACAAUCAAGAUGUUAAAAAAGUAGCCUGGCAUCCUUCAUUAGAUAUCUUGGCCUCUGCAUCAUAUGAUAACACAGUCAAAAUAUAUAAAGAAGAUCCAGCUGACAAUGAUUGGAGCUGCUUUGCUACAUUGCAGUCACAUGAAUCAACCGUGUGGAGUCUAGCUUUUGACAAGACAGGAGAAAGACUUGCUACUUGUAGUGAUGACAAAACUGUAAAAAUAUGGAAAGAGUAUAAACCUAACAACCAAGAAGGUGUUAUAGUUGCUGACAAAGAAUCUGUUUGGAAAUGUAUUUGCACAUUAUCAGGGUUUCACACAAGAUGCGUAUAUGACAUAUCAUGGUGUCAUAAUACUGGUCUUCUAGCUACAGCAUGUGGUGAUGACAUUAUAAGGAUCUUCAAAGAAUCUGAUGAUUCUGAUCCCAAUGCACCAACAUUUGAGCUAGUUUGCACCAAACUGGAUGCUCAUUCCCAGGAUGUUAAUUGUGUGACUUGGAAUCCUACAGGCAACCAAGAAAUACUAUCUUGUAGUGAUGAUGGUGAAAUAAGAAUUUGGAGCUUUUCUUCUGACUAG